AUGGUAUUCGGUAAAGCUUAUCACUUACUAGUGGAGUUAAAACAUCAAGAGUACUGGGCGAUCAAGAAGCUUAAUCUAAAUCCAGAGUUUGCAGGUCGGAAGAGGUUGGGUAAAUUGCACGAGUUGGAGGAGUUUAGGCUCCAUGCAUAUGAAAAUGCCAAGCUCUACAAAGAGAAAACAAAACGUAGGCAUGAUAAGCACAUCAUCACUCGCAUUUUUGAACCAGGACAAAAGGUACUUCUUUUUAAUUCUAGACUAAAUCUUCUUCCAGAGAAGAUGCGAUCUAAGUGGAGUGGGCCUUUUGAAGUCAUACAUGUGACAUCACAUGGAGCUGUGGAAUUGUGGAAUGCGAUGAAAACAUCCACAUUUUUGGUAAAUGGACAAAGAGUUAAACAUUACUUUGGUAAGGAUGUUAACCAUGAAAAGGAAACCAUUGAACUAGAGAAUGAGUGA